CUGUGUGGACAAAUUCAACUGAAAAGGCUGAAGAAAAUGGCAGACGUGGGACCCGAACGCACCAUUUCGCACGGUAACGUUGCGUACCAAACAUGGCCCUUAUCUCAUCCACCAAGGUGCUUGACCAAGACUUGUUAAAUCCAAGUCAAUCUUAACACCGGUCCAGUUUGAUUGUCCCAAGAGUACUCCCAACCUUACGGCAUAAUCGAUCUUUGGCUGGAAUAUAAAUACAGAUGGAUUGUCGCAACUACACGGCAUAGAUGUUUCAGGCUUUAUAAACGUGUUGAAGAUGGCGUUAUCGGCUUCGCCUGCUAAGGUCACUCUUUCACUGAGGGGCCUUUCAAUGGUUUUCCUACUUGCAUCGAUCACACUCCUUUUUAUCAGUGACAACUCGGUCCCUGAAUAUAACGGCGUCCGCUUCCUCGGCUACAAGGAUUUCUCUAGCUACAAAUACAUGGUUGGUGCUGCUGUAAUUGGCAUGGGAUAUAGCCUCUUGCAAAUAAUUUCAUUUGGAAUCUUCCGGAUCUUGAUGAAGAAGGAUAGCGACGUAUACUACCUAAUUGAAUUUUAUGGUGACAAGGCUGUAUCAUUCCUUUUAGCCACAGGGUCAGCUGCAGGAUUUGGCGCUACCAUAGAGUCGAAGGAAAGAAACUGGACAAUAAUUAAUCUGGACAAUAAUCUGGACAAAGUUAAUCUGAACGGAUUUUUCAAUGUGAUAUAUGCAUCAGCUACCCUCCUCUUCCUCGCAUUCUUGUGCACUGCAAUAUUGUCAAUUUUGUCUUCCUAUGCGCUUCCAAAGAAAGUUUAGCUGUUAAUUAGGCUCUUCUUAAAGAAUGCCUAAAAGUUUGAAAGACCUACAAAUGCUUCUUUUUUAAUAUUCGAUGUGUACUCUUCCAAUUCUUACAAAAACUGGAAAAAGGAAAAAUAAAAUAAAAUAAAAAACAUGUACUCUAUCUUGAACUUUUACACGCAA